AUGGAAGUUUACUUCUGGAAUCAAACUAGAGGAACCUUGCAAAUGGAAGUUUACUUCUGGAAUCAAACUAGAGGAACCUUGCAAAUGGAAGUUUACUUCUGGAAUCAAACUAGAGGAACCUUGGAAAUGAAAGUUUACUUCUGGAAUCAAACUAUAGGAACCUUGGAAAUGAAAGUUAACUUCUGGAAUCAAACUAUAGGAACCUUGGAAAUGGAAGUUUACUUCUGUGAUCAAACUAGAGGAACCUUGGAAAUGAAAGUUUGCUUCUGGAAUCAAACUAUAGGAAACAUGGAAAUGAAAGUUUACUUCUGGAAUCAAACUAUAGGAAACAAGGAUAUGAAAGUUUACUUCUGGAAUCAAACUAUAGGAAACAUGGAAAUGAAAGUUUACUUCUGGAAUCAAACUAUAGGAACCUUGGAAAUGAAAGUUUACUUCUGGAAUCAAACUAUAGGAAACAUGGAAAUGAAAGUUUGCUUCUGGAAUCAAACUAUAGGAAACAUGGAAAUGAAAGUUUGCUUCUGGAAUCAAACUAUAGGAACCUUGGAAAUGAAAGUUUACUUCUGGAAUCAAACUAUAGGAACCUUGGAAAUGAAAGUUUGCUUCUGGAAUCAAACUAUAGGAAACAUGGAAAUGAAAGUUUACUUCUGGAAUCAAACUAUAGGAAACAUGGAAAUGAAAGUUUGCUUCUGGAAUCAAACUAUAGGAACCUUGGAAAUGAAAGUUUACUUCUGGAAUCAAACUAUAGGAAACAUGGAAAUGAAAGUUUACUUCUGGAAUCAAACUAUAGGAACCCUUGGCAAUGACAGUUUACUUCUGGAAAUCAAACUAUUAAAGGAAACUGGAAAUGGAAAAAGUAACUUCUUGGAAUCAAACCCUUAG